AUGAGUGCCGCCGCCACGUUACCGCAGAAGCGUGUCUUUGGCGGGGCCCGUCCUCCUUCAUCGCCGGGUACCAAGAAGAGGCGCCUGGAACCGCUCACCUCGUCGCCAGCGUCGCGUCUCAACAGCUCACAACCGGCUCCAGGCAGCAAGCUCGGAUCUGCCCAAACCAAGAGCACUUUCGAGUCAGAAGUCCUCGAGAAGCUCAGCCAAGAUAUCUCCGACCUCAAGCAGAACAACUCGGAAAAGGACCAAUCAUGGGAACGCCCACCCGUCACCGACUUCAACCCGAAACGUGACAACCUCACGUUUCAACAGAUCGAGGCCGAGGAAGGCACAUUGCAUGGAGGCAAAGCUACAGUCAAGCUCUUUGGUGUCACGGAGAAUGGCCAUUCCGUCAUGCUCCACGUUACCGACUUCAAGCACUACUUAUACGUCGCCGCGCCCGUUUCCUUUCAGCCCAAGGACUGCGAGCCUUUCAAGGCAUUUCUCGAAUCCCAAAUAGCCCAGCAUCAGCCCGCCAUCUACUCCUGUCAGCUGGCUUUGAGAGAAAACAUUUAUGGUUUCCAAGGCAACACCAAGAGCCCAUAUAUCAAAAUCACCGUCACGGACCCCAAGUUCAUCAACAGGGUCCGCUCCACGAUCGAAAAGGGCGAUGCAAACUGGAAGGGAAUGUGGAAAGGGGCAGAGGGAGAUAUCAUGACCUUUGACAACCUACAAUAUGUCUUGCGUUUCAUGGUUGAUACCAAGAUUCCUGGUAUGUCGUGGGUCGAAUGCCCAGCGAAACAGUACAGCCUUAUUCCCGAGCAAGAGAAACAAUCCAACUGUCAGAUCGAGGCCGAGAUUCCCUACACUCAUCUCAUCUCACACGAGCCGAAAGGAGAAUGGUCAAAGAUGGCGCCUCUCCGUAUUCUGUCAUUCGAUAUCGAGUGCGCUGGCAGAAAGGGUAUCUUCCCAGAGGCCGAUAUGGACCCAGUCAUUCAGAUUGCCAACGUUGUGACGCGGUAUGGAGAGAGCAAGCCCUUCAUUCGAAACGUUUUUUGCUUGGACACGACCAGUCCAAUUGUGGCAACACAGAUUCUGGACUUUGACAAGGAACAAGAUAUGCUCAUGGCAUGGAAGCACUUUCUUGACAAGGUUGAUCCUGAUCUCAUUACUGGCUACAACAUUGCCAAUUUCGAUUUCCCCUACCUCUUGGACAGGGCCAGACAUCUCAAGUGCAAAGACUUUGACUACUGGACCAGACUCAAGAGCGUAAAGUCGCAAGCCAAGGAAACCAACUUUUCGAGCAAACAGAUGGGCAACCGCGACACGAAAGCGACCAACACCAAUGGUCGUCUGCAACUCGAUCUGCUCCAGUUGAUCCAGCGCGAUCAUCACCUCCGCAGUUAUACACUGAAUUCCGUCUGUGCUCAUUUCCUGGGAGAGCAAAAGGAGGAUGUUCACCACACCAUGAUUACCGAGUUGUUCAACGGUACACCGGAAUCUCGCCGAAGAUUGGCUCUGUACUGUUUGAAGGAUGCCUAUCUUCCACAACGAUUAAUGGACAAGUUGUCUUGUCUGGCAAACUACACGGAAAUGGCCAGAGUCACGGGUGUCCCUUUCAACUUUUUGCUUUCCAGAGGUCAACAAAUCAAGUUCUUGAGUCAACUUUACCGAAAAGCACUGGAGCAGAAGCUGGUCAUUCCAAACAUGCGGUCACAGGGCUCCGAUGAACAGUAUGAGGGUGCCACAGUCAUUGAGCCUACUCGUGGAUACUACGAUGUGCCGAUUGCGACUCUUGAUUUCGCCUCGCUAUAUCCGAGUAUCAUGCAGGCCCACAAUCUCUGCUAUACAACGCUGAUCAAUGCGAGAGCAGUGGAGAAGUUUGGGCUGAAGAAGGACGAGGACUAUAUUGUGACGCCAAAUGGAGAUCUUUUUGUCACCACCAAGCAAAGAAAGGGUCUGCUCGCUCAGAUUCUGGAGGAAUUGCUCAUGGCUCGAAAACAGGCAAAGAGGGAGCUCGCUGUGGAAACUGAUCCAUUUAAAAAGGCUGUGCUGAACGGUCGCCAGCUUGCCUUGAAGAUCAGUGCCAACUCCGUGUACGGUCUGACUGGUGCCACAACUGGCAAGCUUCCUUGUCUCGAGAUUGCUAGUAGUACCACUAGUUACGGUCGACAAAUGAUUGAAAAGACAAAGGACGAGGUCGAGAAGAAGUACUGCAUUGCCAACGGCUAUUCUCAUGACGCCCAGGUCAUUUACGGUGACACUGAUUCCGUCAUGGUGAAAUUUGGCACUACAGAACUGGCCGAGGCAAUGAAACUUGGCGAAGAGGCAGCUAACUACGUCUCAUCCAAGUUCAUCAAGCCGAUCAAGCUUGAGUUCGAAAAGGUCUAUUUCCCAUAUCUACUCAUCAACAAGAAGCGAUAUGCUGGAUUGUACUGGACAAAGACGGAAAAGUACGACAAGAUGGAUACCAAGGGUAUUGAGACAGUUCGACGUGAUAACUGCCUUCUCGUUCAGACUGUCAUUGAAAAGGUUUUGAGAAUGAUCUUAAUUGAUCGGGAUGUACCAGGUGCACAAGAAUACGUCAAAGACAUGAUUGCAGAUCUGCUGCAAAACAAGGUUGACAUGUCGAAACUGGUCAUUACGAAAGCUUUGACAAAGGAGGUCUAUGACGGCAAACAAGCACACGUCGAGCUUGCAGCACGAAUGAAGAAGCGAGAUGCUGGUUCGGCUCCUGGCCUGGGAGACCGAGUUGCAUAUGUGAUGAUCAGAGGUGCAGCAGGAGCCAAGAACUUUGAAAAGUCCGAGGAUCCGAUAUACGUCCUUGAGAACAACCUUCCCAUUGACACCAGGUACUACUUGGACAACCAGCUUGCCAAACCCCUGGGCCGUAUCUUUGAGCCCAUUCUCGGCGAGACCAAAGCCAAGUCGUUGCUCACAGGAGACCAUACCCGCUCCAUAUCCGUUGCAGCUCCAACAGUCGGCGGUCUCAUGAAGUUUGCCAAAAAGACCAUGACAUGCAUGGGUUGCAAGAAACCUCUGGUCGGCAAAGAAGAAAGUGCUGGUGCAGUCUGCUCCAACUGCGCGCCGCGAGUUGGAGAGCUGUACAACAAGACACUGGGCAGAGUGUCGGAUCUUGAGGUUCGAUUCGGCAGGUUGUGGACGCAGUGCCAGCGAUGCCAGGGCAGCAUGCAUUGCGAGGUCAUCUGCAGCAGCAAGGACUGCCCCAUCUUCUACAUGCGCAUGAAGGCCAAGAAGGACCUCGAGGAUGCUGGUAAAGAGCUGAAGCGGUUCGACUUGGACCAGGCAGCCAUCUGGUAG